CCUGUGCGGAAAGAGCCGAAUGCCGCAGCCGGAGUUUCGCGGCGUCCCCGCUUGGCGGCCUCUGGCGCGCGUGGGCGCGCGUGCGCAGAGGCGAGGAAGUGCCGGUUGGUGGCUGUUGCUCCGCAGUGAGUGAGCGAGCGAGCGAGGAACCGCGUCGCAGCAACAGCCGCAGCCGACAGCAGCGCCCGCCCGACGAGGCACCGCCGCCACAGCAGCGGGCAAGCGGGGGGAGGAAGAAAGGGGACCACACCCGGCGCAGCCAUGUCUGUGGUGGGCAUCGACCUGGGCUUCCAGAACUGCUACAUCGCGGUGGCGAGGAGCGGCGGCAUCGAGACCAUCGCCAACGAAUACAGCGACCGCUGCACCCCAGCUUGUAUAUCACUAGGAGCUAAAGCCCGGACUAUUGGAAAUGCAGCAAAGAGCCAGAUUAUCACAAAUAUUAAGAAUACAUUGCAUGGGUUCAAAAAACUGCAUGGGAGAGCAUUUGAUGAUCCAUUUAUAAAAGCUGAAAGAGCCAAACUGCCCUAUGAGCUUCAGAAGUUGCCUAAUGGGAGUGUUGGAGUAAAGGUACGAUACUUGGAUGAGGAGAGACCCUUUGCAAUCGAACAGGUUACAGGCAUGCUCUUGGUUAAGCUUAAAGAUACGUCAGAAAGUGCACUUAAGAAACCUGUAGCAGAUUGUGUAAUUUCAAUCCCAAGUUUCUUUACUGAUGCUGAAAGAAGGUCAGUAAUGGCAGCUGCACAAGUAGCAGGUCUAAACUGCCUGAGGUUAAUGAAUGAAACUACAGCAGUUGCACUGGCCUAUGGAAUUUAUAAACAGGAUCUACCAACCCUAGAGGAGAGACCAAGGAAUGUGGUUUUUGUUGAUAUGGGACACUCUGCAUACCAAAUUUCUGUUUGUGCUUUUAACAAAGGAAAAUUAAAGGUACUGGCUGCUACAUUUGAUCCAUUUUUGGGUGGUAGAAACUUUGAUGAGGCUUUGGUAGAUUACUUCUGCGAAGAGUUCAGAUCAAAGUAUAAACUAAACGUGAAGGACAAUCCUCGAGCACUGCUGCGUCUGUAUCAGGAAUGUGAAAAACUGAAGAAGCUUAUGAGUGCCAAUGCCUCUGAUCUUCCCAUGAACAUAGAGUGCUUCAUGAAUGACAUUGAUGUCUCUAGUAAGAUGAACAGGGCUCAGUUUGAACAGUUGUGUGCAUCACUUCUGGCCAGAGUAGAACCUCCUUUGAGAGCAGUGAUGGAACAAGCAAAACUGCAGCGUGAAGAUAUUUACAGUAUAGAAAUAGUAGGUGGAGCAACUCGAAUUCCAGCAGUGAAGGAGCAGAUUAGUAAAUUUUUCUGCAAGGAGAUAAGUACCACACUUAAUGCUGAUGAAGCUGUUGCAAGAGGCUGUGCGUUGCAGUGUGCAAUUCUUUCUCCAGCAUUUAAAGUCCGUGAGUUUUCCAUCACAGAUGUUGUUCCGUACUCAAUUACUCUGAGGUGGCAGUCAUCUUAUGAGGAGGGGACAGGUGAAUGUGAAGUGUUCUGCAAAAACCAUGCUGCUCCAUUCUCAAAAGUUAUUACUUUCCACAAGAAGGAGCCUUUUGAGCUGGAAGCAUUUUACACCCAUCCACAUGACAUUCCUUAUCCUGAUACAAGAAUAGGUCAUUUUGUUAUUCAGAACGUUGGACCCCAACAUGAUGGUGACAAUUCAAAAGUGAAAGUGAAAGUUCGAGUUAAUGUCCAUGGAAUCUUCAGUGUGGCUAAUGCAUCUGUGAUAGAGAAGCAACAUGCAGAAGGUGAUCCAAGCGAUAUUGCUAUGGACACAGAAUUGCCUUGCAAGAAUCCAAGCAAAGAGGAGCUGGCUAAAAUGCAGGUUGAUCAAGAUGAUGGCAAUCACAAGAACCAACAUGAGCAGCAUAAUCAAGGCGACGAGGAAGUUGAUCAUAUAAGCUGUGAAGGAAAGACUGCUUCAGGAGACAAGAUUGACACAGCUCAGUCUGGCAAAACUAAAGCAAAGAUCAAGAGUAUUGAUCUACCUAUCCAGGUUAACCUAUACAGACAGGUGGGACAGGACGUUAUUAACUGUUACAUUGAAAAUGAGGGGAAGAUGGUAAUGCAAGACAAGCUGGAAAAGGAGAAAAAUGAUGCCAAAAAUGCUGUUGAAGAGUAUGUGUAUGAUCUAAGAGACAAGCUCUGUGGUGUCUAUGAAAAAUUCAUCACUGAAGAUGAUUCAAGAAAGAUAACUUUAAUGUUGGAGGACACAGAAAACUGGCUUUAUGAAGAUGGAGAAGACCAACCAAAACAUGUAUAUGUGGAAAAACUUCAGGAAAUGAAAAAAUUUGGCGGUCCUAUUCAUGAUAGAUACAUGGAACAUGAAGAGAGGCCUAAAGCAUUAAAUGAUUUGGGAAAGAAACUCCAGCUGCUUAUGAAAGCUGUAGAAGGAUACAAAAAUAAGGAUGAAAAAUACGAUCACAUUGAUCCUGUUGAUAUGGAAAAAGUUGAAAAGUAUACCAGUGAAGCAAUGAAUUGGUUGAACUCAAAAAUGAAUGCACAGAACAGGCUGAGUCUCACCCAGGAUCCUGUUGUGAAAGUGGCAGAAAUAACAGCAAAAUCUAAGGAACUGGACAGUUUAUGUAACCCUAUUAUUUACAAGCCUAAGCCCAAGGCAGAGCCACUGUCUGAAGAUCAGUCAAAAUCUAGUGAACACAAUGGACCAAUGAAUGGACAGAGUGGUGCUGACACAAAAUCAGAGGACAGUUGCCAGCAGCCUAAAUCAUCUGAAGAAAUGGAUGUGGACUAAGUUUUGCAUUUCUUUCAGUCCAUUAAAAGCAGUGCAAGUAAUCAGAGGGUCCAUCUUUCUUUUAUGUCUGAUUCACACUACAGAUGUUCAGUUAGUCAACUUUCUGUCCUUUGUUCUUUGCAGUAGGUUUGAAAGUGUUUUUCUAUUUGAGUGCAUUCCCAUUGUUCAUUCCAUGAUACCGCUUAUGUGGAGCGUUAGUUGAAUGUAGAUUGUAAAAGUCAGUUUAAGCUUUCCCGAUAUAUUUUAUAUCAAAUAGGCAGAAUUGCUAUAUAAAUGACAACAAUCUACCUUAUUUAAAGCUUUUAUUGUGGGUAAGCCUCUGCUCCUUUAUUCAGGAAAGGCCACUGUAUUGCACUACUGAUGCUGAAGUCUAGAUCUCUGCAUCUUUAUUUUGGAAGAUAUUGGAUUUGAUGUGGCUUAAAUAUUGCCACUUGAAGCACUGACCUUUUUCUAGUUGUUGUACUGUUCUAAUUUAAAUAUUAAAAUAGAGGUUAGCUGGCAAAUUAGUUAAUCUUGUUGAUGUACCAUGAAAACUGUAAGAACCUUGUAGACAAAACAUCCAAGGCUUGAAAGGAGCUCAUACCAGCAGCAUUCUUUGUCAUAAGCCUUAGCAACAUGACUCAAAAUAAAGCUCAUGGUCUCCGUGUACACACAGUCCUAUAUAUCAUAUUCUGUGUUGAUGCUGAGGACACUGUUUAAAGUUGUAAUAGUAUGAAACGUUAGUGAAAGUUUGAAGGCCAUAACUGGGGACUCACUCAUGUUUUCAUUUCUCUUAAUUACCUCCAGACUUGCUAAUUUAGCUUAAUUUUGAAUGCUGCCUAUGCAUGUUCUUUAAAUAUGUCCUCCUCAGAAUUAAAAGUGGAAAAUACACACACAUUAACUGGUAAUUGAUCUCUGUCAGUGUUCCUUACUGAAAUACUUCUACCAUUUCUCUUGGCCAAAUUAUCUUCUAUUUUUGUUUCUGUGUUUAGAAAAGGAACACAACAAAAGUCACAAAAUCUGUCAGCAAUGGUCCCAAGCAUCCUUUGGCAUCCAUAAAAAACUCAGCUCAAAGAUACAUUCAUGCAACCAAUGUUCCAAAUUUGCAUUGCUUUUAACUUGAUUCUACUGUUACAGUUUUAAGCCUAAAAAUUAAUCAAAGGAGAUAAUAAAUCAACUACCUUGAAAUAUGAGCAAAUUGGGGUCAAAAGAACUCAUAAUGAACAGACAUCCUUCAUGAGUAACCCAGUUUUUGGCUUAAAUGUUGCCUUUGUUACAUUAGCAGAGUUUUGCUUCUCUUUCCACAACUACUAUGCAAGUUCUAUUACAGUUUGUUUCAAGUUACUCAGUCAUUUCUUACAGUUUUUUGUGCACCAGGUUCCAUGCAGAAAGGUUCUCCACUCUGUUUUGUAUUUUUCCCCAAAUCUCAGAUUUUAACAGAUUAGUGAGUAUUGUAGGCAGAAUUUCUUUUAGUUGUGCAAUGUACAAUAUCUCCAUAAUGUUACUAAAUGUUUUACCAUUCUCUAGGGUUUCUGUGGUACUAAUCCAAAGUGAUUGCAGGGUGAUAGGCAGACUUCACAAAAAAGAGGCCCUUUUGGAAUGCUAUCAAAGUUCUCUGUCCAGGAUUUGACAGGUUUUUUCUGAGGCUUUGACUUCGGUUGACUUUACCAGACAUUCCUGUACUGGACUUCAUUUCUCAGGCUUUUAACUAGCUUUCUUCAGGGCAGAAAGAAGGAUAUGUUGCUGCUUAAGCCAUUUUCUGAUCUUCCCUUGGGACUAUGAGGUUGGACGUGUGGAAUCCUAGCUUUCUUGUACACUCCUUUCUGCAACUUUCACACCAAUAGGUUGAUUUUGGGAUGGCUGUGAAACAGGACGCUGAAUAACAGAGAUCUUCAUCUGGUCUGUUUAGAAGUACCAGAACAAUGCAAGAAAAGGGGGUUUUGUUUGCUUGUUUUAAACACAAGAUUUACUGAGUACAGUGAGGAGGCUUAGCACCCAAGUGUACCACACCCCUUUCAGAUGCCUCAGCAAACUAAUCCACCUACUGCCAUCUUAAUAAUGAGUGGUGCAGAUGUUUUCUCUUUGUCCCCCAUAACAAGAGCUCAUGCAAGUGGAAUUCCUUGUCAACUGGAAGAAGCCAGUUGAAAUUACUCAACAUUUAGGGGCAAUUGUGGAUUCUAUCUUUCAAGACAUUGUUACUGAAUAAUAUACGGGAUUGGGUGGGAGAAGAAGACGUGUAAUUCAGUAUUCAGUCUUCCAUGGAUCAGGAUCCUUUCUUGAGCUUGGGUCUUUAGUGGAUUUCCUAGCUCCUUGCCAAGAGAUGCUUGCAGAAAACUUAGUGCUUACCCCAUUUUAUGCCAAUCUGCCAGCUAGAUAAAAUGCUUGUUUUUUAUCUAGUGUUAGGCUUUGUACACUGGUGAAUACUUGGAAGCCUGCUUUAUUGGGAGGGAUUAGGAGUCACUUUCUCCUAUUUGCCCCUGCCAUAAGUCUGUCUUAUGAUACCAGUGGAGCAUAACCCAAUUUUACAGUGUUUGAUAGAUAACCCAAAGGAAGUCAAAUCACAGAUAAGCAGCCGAUUACUGUUUUUAUGACCAAUACCUAGGAUAAUGGAUUAUGCAAUUUUGCUACAUUCUUUUGACCUGUAUUUUUCUCUUAUAUGUGGAACUAGUGAUGUCCUUGCAGUCAAUUUAGCACAGGCAUUCAUGGGAUGAGACCAUUCCUUCCAGACUUCCAGCAGCUUCAGUGUGAGGUAAACUCUUCAUGUGCAUAUUCAAGCAUAUUCUGAAUUCAGUUUCUGGUACGUCACGCUGACUUCGUAAUGACUUACUCUAAACAAAUGAAUUCUGGAUACUAAAGUGAUUAUUGGUUACAGAGAGCUGUGUAUAAAAUGUCCAAGCUAGAAUAUUGAUGUGGAAAAGUAUGGCAGAAAAGAAAGGUCUGUUACAGCGUUAGAAACCCCCUGCGCAUAUCUUCAGGGAUGAAGCAUGGUUCCCACCAAAUUAUUUAAGGAAAUGUUGCUCAGAUGAGAAAGGAGGUUGUACACUUUUGCAAUUGUUCUUUAUCCCAUGAUUUGUUGCAGAAAAAUAUUCCUUUAAUGAAAUGGUACAAAGAUGGAACCUUGUUUGUAUUAAUAGUAAUCCAGCAGCGUAGGCAUAUGGAGUUUGCCCAGAAUUCAUUCAAAAAGUUUCUAAGCUGGCCUUCCAGGGGUUUUCUUCACUUUUCCAUACUUUUUCUUCAAAGUAGCUUGAGUGCUUUGCAGGGGAAGCUGUUAAAUCAAAACCAACCUAUUAAAGUGUGACAUAUAUGUAAAGCUUCUUGGUGAACGUGGACUCUUUCUUUUUGGGAUAGAAAUGCUAGAUUUUUCAAUGCAUCUCUUUACAUUUUACGGCAUGGGUUUAGCUUUAUACACCUUUCUGUUUCUGAGUGAACAUUAUUUCUAAGUUGCAGACUAUAUGUAACGAAAGCACUGUUCAUACUUUUGGCUUAUGUUUAGCAUUUUGAGUAAUUUUAAAGUACGUUUUAAGAGUUAAUAUACUAGACCAUGGACUGAAUGAUACAGUAUGUACCCUAAGUCACAAUGGUAUGUCAACAGGUGCUAGAACUCAUGAGGCACAGUAUCACAUGACCUGUGGAGCUAAGUAUCUUCUUAAAACAAUAAGAAUGGAUUUGGCCUCUCCAGUUUAGGCUUAAUAGAGGAUAGUGCCUUGUAUCUGAGAUAAAUUAAAUUUCUUCUCCAUCAUGUCCCUGUGGUUCAUUGUGACUUCAGUAGUUAGUUAGUGUAGUUAAAUGUGUCUGGGAUGGGGUAUUUGCAUGCUACUGAGAAUGAAAAACACAUGAGCAAAGUGCUUAGUGAAUAUCAGGAAGGCAGACUGAGCAGUUUUGCAUAGUCUGCUUUUUUCCCUCCUGUCUACUUUCUGCCCACUUCUGGUUGAGGAUGAUGUUGAACAUGAGUGAUGGGGAAAAAUUAAUUAGCAACUUUGUUUUACUCCCCCAGUUGCUUAUAUGCAUGAGUUAUCUCUUAUCUCACAACAGCAAAUUAGUGGUACUGCCUGCUUUUGUUCAGCUCCUAUUUUCAAGAGUGGGCACUACUUGAAUCCUUUUGGAAAUAUAUCUCCACCUAACACCAGUAAUUAUAGUUUUAUAGAUUCAUUAUUCAUAGUCAUGCCACCAGGAAUUAUAAUUUCACUCCACACGUCAUGUCCUUCUGCAUUGAUGCCUGCUCACGUUAACUGGUUAUUCCUUCAUCUUCCAAGGCCCUUACCUAAAAAAAAUGGAACCCACCAUUUAAAUCAGGGAUGAUGGGAGUUGUAGUCCAACAAGAUCUGAAGGGCCAUGGAUUACCCAGCCAUGAUUUAAGCCAGGCAUAGGCAAACUCUGGCCCUCCAGAUGUUUGGGACUACAAUUCCCAUCAUCCAUAACCCAUGUUCCUGUUAGCUAGGGAUGAUGGCAAUUGUUGUCCCAAACAUCUGGAGGGCCGGAGUUUGCCUAUGCCUGAUUUAAGCGGCUAGUUUCUCACUUAAAUUUGGUGUAAAUUUAAAUUGGCUACAAUUUAAUUAUAGGUAUUUAUUUAACUGAGUCGGAAUGCAGGCCUUGGUACUAAUUUGGGGGAGGGGUAUGAAUCCUUGGGGGGAUAUGAAUGAAAGAAUCGGCUGGGUGCCUGGAUUCAAAAUGCAGGGCUGAAUGAACUCUCCAGCAGGAGAGAGCCCCCAGUAUCAGAGUUUAAACUCACAAAAGUCAAGCAGCACUAUAGCAUGGGAAUAUAGGCUAUUAAACCCUUUUCAUAACCCAUUUAGUUGCACACAUCACUCCUCUCUUUUUACCCCUCUGGCAAUGAACAAACCACACACUGUUAGCUUAAAAAGCUUUACUUACAAAAUGUUCCAAAAGUCAGAUUCAUGCAUUUAUCCAAGCAGCAGCAAGGAGAAGACAGAAUAUACAGAAUGAAAACUUCAAACGCAUGCCCUAAGCUUGCUCCUUGAUCAGAGAGAGAACAGGAAGAGAAGGCUUCGCUUCCUAGCACAUCAGAGAAGAGGGUGUGUGACAUAGCCAAGUCUGGGAAUACAGGUCUAUUUUCUUAACCCAUUCAUGCAGUGACUAGCAAUCAUGCAUAUUAUGUUUGACUGCAAUUUCCCACAAUUUUUUCUCCAUUUUAAUUCCUAAUUGCUACUUAAAUUAAGUAGGUAUCUUACAAAAAUCAACAGAUUAAUAGGCCAUAAUUCACAGUACAAGCUUCUCUACAGAGCUGUUAUCCUACAGACCAAUGUUGUCGUUUUUGAGUUACCUUUCUGUAUAAGUGGAAACUUUCCUGCUAUCUUCCUUUCUUGCACACAGGCACAAUACACACAGAGAGAUACCUAAGGUUCCAAAACAAGACUGUUUUAUUUCCAGCCUUGCUUCAGAAGAGCUACUUUAAACAGCAGUUAGAAUACCCAAGGCUGCCAGCUAGCAAGUUCAAGUCAGAAGUGUAAAAUCAUAUUAUGAAGAAUGAUCUUUGCAAUUCCAAAUUCAUUUCCACAGUUUGGAAUUUGGAAUGGGUUCCUGUGAAUAUAUUAAAUUAGUAUGUAUGAGGAGGACAGAGGCUUGCUAAAUUGCAUUGCCCAAUUAAAAAACACACCAUUUGCUAUUUUGUUAGGAUAAAUUUGUGAAUAGCAAAAUGGUACAAUUCUUGUAAGCUGCAAGAUGACUCCAUUUAGUUUUCUCAUAACAGGCAUGUACCUCAAAACACAGAAAAAUGAAGGUGUGAAUUGGGGAAAUCAGUUCACCAUAACGGAAGCUGAAGCUAAAGUCAAUCAGCUGCCAUGGCCAGGGUUCUACAGACAUUUUAUAUUUAGCAAGUGUUUUCUUAUGUAAAUGUGUCUCCAUGGGACAGGAGUGUGUUCAGCUUGGAUAACCUUAUAGCAGUGUUUAAGUAUGCAAAGUGUUUAUAUGUAAAGGGAUUGAAUCCUUCAUAGUGACAUCAUGCACAAAUGGAUGAAUAUGUCAGUUGAUUUCCAAGUGGCAACACUAAUUUACCAGAGAUUGUGUGUAAAAAUUUAUAAUAAAUAUUUAAAUCUACUUCUUGAACCAGAAGUGAUGUUCC